AGAUAAUGUGCAGCUGUGGAAAAUUACUAAGAGUUAAGUGUUUUGAAAAUGCUAUAUAAACCGUUGGUUUUGAGUGCUCGGGGUCCUUGUUGAGACCCGCUGCGUCGGGCUAACUUGGACCCCAGCUAGCUGGUUCCUGAAUAAAUUCCUCUUGCUUGUUGCAUCAAGAGACGCCUUUCGUGAGUGAUUUGGGGUGGCGUCCUCCUCUGGGAGAAUCCAACAUUUGGGGGCUCGUCCGGGAUAUGCGCUCACCCCGCUUCACUCCCGAAGUCGCUCUUGGAGGAAGAGGUAAGAUUAGUGGCGCCUUGGGUUGUCUGUAUUCUGUUUUCUGUUUUUCAGUGAGACCGGUCAGAAUUCUGAAAGGGUACCCGUUGUCUGGCAGCUGUCUCGAUCCCGUAAAAGGGUCGAGACUGCGGUCGGUAGACGUACUAGGAGCACCACAGGCUGCAACCCUGGGGGACGCCUCGGGGAGGUUGGAGGGCCAGGGACGCCUGGUAGCCUCCCGUCUGUUUUUCUGGCAAAGUGAACCUGAUGAGAUAGGAUUGAUUUUUGGGCGCCGAGAGUAUCAACCCUCUGAUUCCUUUCGGUUUCUGUUUGAGACUCUGAGGAGAACUGAACGCGGCCGCUGUGUGUCUAAUUUGUGUGUGUCUUUGUUUUUUGUGUCUUUUACGUGUCUAAUUAUUGUUAUACUGACAAUGGGACAGGCAGUGACGACCCCCUUAGCCUGACGUUAACCACCCGCCCUUUUCAGAAGAACCGCAGAAACUAACUGGUCUGGUAGAGUCCCUGAUGUUUUCCCACCAGCCCACCUGGGAUGACUGUCAGCAGCUUUUGCAGGUGCUCUUCACCACGGAAGAGAGAGAGAGGAUUCUCCUGGAAGCACGAAGGAAUGUGCCUGGAACCGAUGGGCGACCUUCGCAACUCCCUCAUGACAUAGAGAGGGGGUUCCCGUUGACUAGACCCAACUGGGACUUUAAUUCUCCAGAAGAGUAGCCAACCGCUGUUUGCUUUUGAGUGGAAGGACCUCUCCACAGGAACUACUGGACAAUUGACCUGGACUCGCUUGCCACAAGGAUUCAAGAAUUCACCUAUGUUGAUGACUUGCUGAUAGCCGCCCCUACACAAGAAGUCUGCCAAGAGGCCACUGAAGCCCUUUUGACUGAACUUGCUAAGCUGGGGUAUAGAGUAUCUGCCAAAAAGGCACAGAUCUGCCAACAACAAGUGACUUAUUUAGGGUAUUCCCUGAGAGAAGGGAAAAGGUGGCUUACUGAAGCCCGGAAGCAGACUGUGACGCAGAUCCCGGUCCCUACUACUCCGCGCCAAGUCCGCGAAUUUCUGGGAACAGCAGGGUUCUGUAGAUUAUGGAUACCCGGAUAUGCCACCUUAGCCGCCCCCCCUGUACCCCCUAACCAAAGGGGCAGCCCCGUUUGCUUGGGGACCUGAACAGCAACAGGCCUUUGAUAAGAUCAAGAAGGCCCUCCUGUCGGCACCCGCUCUGGCCUUGCCAGACGUGACUAAGCCGUUCGUCCUUUUUGUGGAUGAACGGAGUGGAGUGGCUCGGGGUGUGUUGACCCAGCAAUGGGGACCUUGGAAGAGACCUGUCGCCUAUUUGUUAGAGUGUAAUUUGGCAGCCACCCGAGAGAUGGAUGUCGAAUGCCAGAAUGACUCACUACCAAACCUUACUCCUGAAUCGUGAUCGUGUAGAGUUUGCCCCCCCUGCCAUUCUAAACCCGGCCACUCUGCUCCCCGAUUCGGGGAAGGAAGUGCUUCAUACCUGCCAGGAAAUCCUGGCUGAGGAGACAGGCGCCCGCCAGGACUUGCAAGAUCAGCCCUUAGGAGGACCGGGACUCCUGACUUGGUAUACGGACGGGAGCAGUUACAUCAUGGAUGGUAAGAGAAUGGCUGGAGCUGCAGUAGUAGAUGAUGACCGGAUUAUAUGGGCCAGUGGACUCCCAACGGGCACCUCUGCACAGCGAGCAGAACUCAUCGCCCUGACUCAGGCCCUAAGGAUGGCAAAAGGUAAGAGACUUAACGACUACACUGACAGCAGAUACGCCUUUGCCACUGCUCAUAUACACGGGGCUAUUUAUAGACAGAGAGGGCUGUUAACUUCUGCCGGGAAAGAUGUUAAAAACAAACAAGAGAUUUUAGAUUUGCUAGAAGCCAUCCAUAGGCCUAAGGAAGUAGCAAUAAUACAUUGCCCUGGACAUCAGAAAGAUGACUCUCCAAUAGCUCGAGGAAACCGGAGGGCAGACCAAGCCGCAAAGCAAGCGGCUCAGGGAAUGAACAUUUUGCCCCUCCAAGUGUAUCCGGAAGCCACCCACAUUAAGAGCUUCCAGUAUACACCUGAAGAUCUCGUUUGUAUAAACAAAUUAGGGUUCUGAAGAAGGGAAAGUUGUC